AUCCACAAACGUAUAUGCGAAGUCGUUGUGUACAGUAUGGUGUCUAUUGAUAAUAAAAUCAACGAUAAAAAUGAGGAUCGAAAAGAAGGUGUCGAUCUAGAUCAGAUUCUAAUCGAUGAAAUUGGUCAAUUUGGCCGCUUUCAAGUGAUCACAUUAGUAUUAUUGAUAUUUCCAAUAAUAUUUGCGGCUUUUUCUAUUGGCGGAUACGUUUUCACGACAGCCAGGAUCCCAACCAGAUGUCGAAUUCCUCAAUGUGAUGGCCAGCAGCUAAACCCCGAGUUUCGCCCUCAGUGGGUACUGAAUGCUAUUCCCGGUAGCAGCAUAGAUUCGUUCGACGGUUGCUCGAGAUAUGCUGAUAGCAAUAAUAAUACAUCCACUGAUGAAGUCUGUCCUGCUUGGUGGUUCAAUACAACAAUAAUCAAUUGCGACGAGUAUGUCUAUGAAAAUUCACACACCAUUGUUUAUGAAUUUGAUUUGGGAUGCAAUGAGUGGCGUCGCUCGCAAAUUGGUUCUAUUAGUUCUGUUGGUAAACUGAUAGCAAUACCCCUUACUGGAUAUGUGUCAGACAGAUGGGGUCGACGUGUGGCACUUAUCAUUAGUAUUACCAAUGCCGCUUUGGUAGGCAUUAUACGUUCCUUUGUUAAUACUUAUGAGUGGUUUGUUGCUUUAGAAGUAUUGGAAGCUGCUACUGGCGCCGGCGCAUAUUCUGCAUGCUACAUUUUAGCAAUGGAGUUAGUUGGUCCAAAAUACAGAGUUAUAUCCGGCGUCACAAUGUCAUCAUUGUUUGCAACAGGAGAGGUGAUUCUCGGAUUCAUUGCUUGGGGUGUGAAAUCAUGGCGGCCCCUCUUAUUAGUACUAUAUAUACCCCAGUUUCUUAUAGUUGGUUACUUUUGGAUUAUGUCAGAGUCAAUCCGGUGGUUGUUAAGCAAGGGCCGCUACGAUGAAGCCGAAAUAAUUCUCAAAAAAGCGUCUAAACUAAAUAAUAAACAGCUAUCGGAAAAGUCUAUGAAAAUAUUAAAAAUAACUCUGGAAGCACAAAGGAAUACAGAGGAAACAAAAGAGCCAUGGCUACCGAUUCUAGUAAUAAAAUCUCGUACAAUGUUAAUACGUUGCAUCGUAUUGCCAAUAAUCUGGAUUGUAACAAAUUUGAUAUAUUACGGAUUGUCUAUAAAUUCUCUUAACAUGACGGGCAAUCAGUACUUGAAUUAUAUAUUAGUGACAGCUAUAGAAAUACCAGGAUGCUGGACAGCAAUAAUGCUUUUGGAUCGCGUUGGAAGAAAACCGAUGUUGAUGUUUGGAUUUUGGUUAUGCGCUACUUGCCAAUUAACUAUUGCAUUUUUGCCAGAAGGUCAGGAGAAGCUCUCAUUGGUUCUUUACCUACUUAGCAAGUACAGCAUCGUAAUAGCAACGACGUCAACUUAUGUGCACACCGCAGAGCUCUUUCCCACAAAGUACAGACACAGAUUAUUCGCCUUUCCUUCCACGGUCGGAAGAAUUGGUACUAUCGCAGCACCCCUAACGCCUGCUCUUGCGUCAGAGAUAUGGGAGUCGUUUCCGUCAGUGCUGUUUGCCAGUUUUGCUUUGUUAGCAGGAUUUCUUGUGUUUACUACACCAGAAACGUUAGGCACCAAACUACCAGAUACUAUGGAAGAAGCAGAACGAAUUGAAUCCCGAAAGAUAUAUGACUGAUUUCAAAGUUAUUUUAGUAUCAUUCACCGAGCUAUUGGUGUAAAGACAAUUAAUAUAUAUUUCAUGCCAUCAGUCUCUUUCUUCUAGACAAUAUCCUUAGAGAAGAUUAAAGACAAAACUAUCGCUGUUGAAAGAGAAGAUAAAAACAAAAUUAUAUAAGCAGAUCCACAGUUAGCAGUGGAACACUAUGAUUAUGGUAAUCAUCACGACGAUGAGAAUUUGAAUACAGUAUUACACUAUUAGAUACUCAGCUAAAAACACUAAAUACCUAAUGUACCUAUUAAAAUAACGGACAAUGUAAAAGACGACGUCAUUGCUUAAAAUUUAACAUUCAAAGUGUAACAAUCAGAAGCGCAAUACCAGAUUAAUUCAGAAAGAUUAUUUUACUGGGAAAUAACAUGGUUAUAUUUUAUUUAGGCUCCCCUUUCAUUUAACGUCUUAGCAAUAGAUCUAAAAUAAGAGAGAAUUUACAUACAUAUU